GUUGAAGGACCGUUGGGGCGGGAGGUGGCGGCGGCGGCGCGCGCUGCGGGCAGUGAGUGUGGAGGCGCGGACGCGCGGCGGAGCUCGAGCUGCUGCAGCUGCUGCCGCCGCCGGAGGAACCUUGAUCCCCGCGCUCCGGACACCCCGGCCUCGCCAUGGCUGACCAGCUGACCGAGGAGCAGAUCGCAGAGUUCAAGGAGGCCUUCUCCCUCUUCGACAAGGAUGGAGAUGGCACUAUCACCACCAAGGAGUUGGGGACGGUGAUGAGGUCCCUGGGACAGAACCCCACUGAAGCAGAGCUGCAGGACAUGAUCAACGAGGUGGACGCGGAUGGGAACGGGACCAUUGACUUCCCGGAGUUCCUGACCAUGAUGGCCAGAAAGAUGAAGGACACAGACAGCGAGGAGGAGAUCCGAGAGGCUUUCCGCGUCUUCGACAAGGACGGCAACGGCUACAUCAGCGCUGCCGAGCUCCGUCACGUAAUGACGAACCUGGGCGAGAAGCUGACCGACGAGGAGGUGGACGAGAUGAUCAGAGAGGCCGACAUCGACGGGGACGGUCAGGUCAACUAUGAAGAGUUUGUACAGAUGAUGACGGCCAAGUGAAGGCCCCCGGGCAGCUGGUGAUGCCCACUCUCGUGAUCUCUCUCUUCUCGCGCGCGCGCUCUCUUCAACACUCCCCCGCGUUCCCCGGUUCUAGCGAACACCAGUCGAUUGACUGAGAAUCUGAUAAAGCAACAAAAGAUUUGUCCCAAGCUGCAUGAUUGCUCUUUCUCCCUCCUUGAGCCUCCUCCCUCCCGUGCCCACCGUCCCUUCCUUUCUCCCUCCCCCCUUCCGUUCACAUCUUGCGAGGCCUGAUGCGUUCAUAAGACGAAGCCCCAUUCCCCUGAGGGGAGCCUCUGCCCUCCUCCUCCAGCCCGGGUGGCUCUCCUCCGUUUUGGUUUGUUUCCUUUCGUGUGUCAUCUUAUUUUGGGUGCCGGGUGGCUGCCAGCCCCGUCCCGGGACCUGCUAGGGAGGGGACGAGGCCUCACCCGGACAGAAGAGCAUGCCUUUUACUGUUGCAUGCAACCAGCCCCGUGAUUCCGUGUGCACAUCCCGGCAGCCUUUUGGGGCAGGGGUGCCGAGAGAGGCGUUCCAGAAGGACUUGGGGGGAGUUGAGGAGUUGUGGUAUUGACUGGCUGUGGCCCAGGAGGGGGUCGAGGGGCAAGGGAGUCCUGGAAGCCGGCGUUCUUUUACCAGUCGAGGGGGCCGACUCGCCGAAGGGGACGGACAGAGCGGACCACGCUCAGAUCCCACCGGCCGCUGUUCUGAAACCAUCCGAUCGACUUCCUGAGGUUGGGCUGGGUGGGGGCCGCUCGGCCGGCCGCUCUGCAGGUUGUCCACACCCGUGUUUCGAAAGCGAUCUCCGGCUGUUCUGUAAAUACCUGGUGCUAACGUCCCAUGCCGCUCCGCCAUGAGGCGCCCGCCCGCCCGCACCGAGGUCCCCUCGCUGGAACGGAUGUGGGGAUGUUGCUUUGUAAUGUACAGGUUAUCCUUUGGGUUUGGUCUUCUUUUUUCUUUCUUUCUUUUUUUCUUUAUGCCCCUUAAAACUAAUUCUGUCAAAGACCCUGCCGGGCUAGCCGAAGGGUGGGGAGAGGGAAGGCGAGCCCCACCACGCUCUCGAGAGAACAUACCUGCAAUAAAACGGUGUUGUCGGCUAGCUGCCCGGAGGACUGGCCAGCCGGCCCCUCCCGCUUCUCCGUGGUGACUUGGUUGGCUCCUUAACAUCCGUGCUGUCUCUGUGCCCUCUCUCCCUUCGCCCGCCUGCCUGCCCCCACACUCCCCCAGCGGAGAGCAUGAUCCGUGACCUUGCUUCUGAUUUUCGCCUCUGGGACAAGUAAGUCAAUGUGGGCAGUUCGGUCGUCUGGAUUCUUCUUUUCCUUUUUCUGUUCAGUUCAUCUUGCCCCCCCCUCCCCACACACACACACACCCCGCCCCCAGGUCGUUCAAGUGGCUUUUCUUGGGACCUGCCCAGCUUUGAGAAUCUCCUCACCCACCCUCUGGCUCUCAGCCUCUGGGGAGGGGAGGGGAGGGACGGGGCGUAGUGGGAGACCCAGCCAAGAGCUGAGGGUUAAGGGCAGGUAGGCGUGAGGCUGUGGACAUUUUCGGAGUGUUUUGGUUUAGGUUUUGGUUUGUUUGUUUUGUUUUUUGUUUUUUUUUUUUAAACCGGGCAAUAUUGUGUUCAGUUCAAGCUGUGAAGAAAAAUAUAUAUCAAUGUUUUCCAAUAAAAUACAGUGACUACCUGA